AUGUCACAAAUCUUGAAACAAAGAGUUAGAUAUGCUCCAUAUUUACAAAAAUUAAGAACUCCAGAACAAACUGUGGAAUUAUUCAAAAAUGGUCAAUAUUUAGGUUGGUCAGGUUUCACUGGUGUUGGUGCUCCUAAAGUUGUUCCAGAUGCUUUGGCUCAACAUGUUGAAGAUAACAAUUUACAAGGUCAAUUACAAUUCAACUUAUUUGUUGGUGCUUCAGCUGGUCCUGAAGAAAGUAGAUGGGCUACUAACAACAUGAUUGCAAGAAGAGCUCCUCAUCAAGUUGGUAAACCAAUUGCUCAAAAUAUCAACGAUGGUAAAAUUCAAUUUUUUGAUAAGCAUUUAUCAAUGUUCCCACAAGAUUUAACCUAUGGUUUCUACACAAAAGAAAAAGAAAAUGAUUUAUUAGAUUAUACAAUCAUUGAAGCUACCGCUAUUACAGAAGAUGGUUCAAUUGUUCCAGGUCCAGCUGUUGGUGCCUCCCCAGAAAUGCUGUCAGUUUCUGAUAAAAUUAUUAUUGAAUUAAACACAGUUACACCAUCUUUUGAAGGUUUACAUGAUAUUGAUAUGCCAAUCAAUCCACCAAACAGACCACCUUUACCAUACACUUCAGCUUCUCAUAAAUCUGGUGUUACUGCAAUUCCAAUUGAUCCAAGUAAAGUUGUUGCUCUUGUUGAAUCAACCAAAAAAGAUAAAGUUCCAGCAAAUACUCCAUCUGAUAAAAUGUCCCAAGCUAUUGCCGCCAACUUGGUUGACUUCUUCAGAGCUGAAGUUGCCUCUGGUAGAGUUCCAGAAAACUUACAUCCUUUACAAUCAGGUAUUGGUAACAUUGCUAAUGCUGUUAUUGAAGGUUUAGCUGAUGCUAAAUUCAAGAACUUGACUGUUUGGACUGAAGUUUUACAAGAUUCAUUUUUAGAAUUAUUCCAAAAUGGUUCAUUAGAUUACGCUACUGCUACUUCAAUUAGAUUAACCGAACCAGGUUUUGAAAAAUUCUUUAGCAACUGGGAUGAAUUCUCAAGCAAAUUAUGUUUAAGAUCUCAAGUUACCUCAAACUCUCCAGAAAUUAUUAGAAGAUUAGGUGUCAUUGCUAUGAAUACACCAGUCGAAGUUGAUAUUUAUGCACAUGCUAACUCUACAAAUGUUUCAGGUUCUAAAAUGUUACAUGGUUUAGGUGGUUCUGGUGACUUCUUAAGAAAUGCUAAAAUUUCUAUCAUGCAUACACCAGCUGCAAGACCUUCAAAAGUUGAUCCAACCGGUAUUUCAUGUGUUGUUCCAUUUGUUUCUCAUAUUGAUCAUACCGAACACGACUUGGACGUCUUGGUUACUGAUCAUGGUUUAGCUGACUUAAGAGGUUUAUCACCAAAAGAAAGAUCAAGAAAAAUCAUUAAAAACAUUGCUCAUCCAGAUUAUGUUGAUCAAUUAUUAGAUUACGUUAAUAGAGCUGAACAUUACACACAAAAAACUAAAUCUUUACAUCAACCACAUAUUUUAAGAGAUGCUUUCAAGAUGCAUUUGAAUUUGGCUUUAAAUGGUACCAUGAAAUUAGAUUCAUGGGAUCAAAAAUUUGACAUAUAA